AUGGAGGUAGAGAAGAGAGAGGACAAAAGGUUUCUCCUGGCCACCUGUCUGGUGGCUGUGCUGCUGCAGGAGGCAGGUGCAAUUCCAGCACUCCAGGUCCCUGUCAAGACCAAAGGCAAACAUGUGAUCCUUGAGCAGGAAACAGAGAAGGCCUUGGGUGCCAAAGCUGUGGAGCCCCUGGAGAAGGACCUCCAGCUGGGGGCACUGCUGCCUGUGCCCAAGCAGAAGCUUGCAGCUGCUGAGGAAAAGCAUUCAGAUGCCAUGACCUGGGUGGAGACUAAAGACAUCCUGAGCCGUUUUCGGAAUCCUCAGUAUGGUCCAGAACUAGAUCUUGACAGCCUCCACCAUCCGAUGUAUGAGGAGGUCCAAGAUGAGGUCCAAGUGGCCCAGCCGUGGCCCGUGAUGUAUCGUCAGGUGCUCCAGGGGCCAGAGGAGGACCUUGACCACAUCUUCCACUCUCUGGAGGACUCCGAAUAG